CCAAAAAGGGAAGCGGACAGAAAAAAGUUUUCUUUUACCAACCACCCCACCCUCCCUUAAUAACGAUGCACUUGCAAUUCAUAUCGUUUUAACCUGAUCCGUUCCAAAUGCAAAUAAACACACCAAUAUUGUACACUAUUAAUCCCGCUUUGGGAUUAUUAAUGAAUUUCUGCAAGACAAUUUCUUGUCGUUUCGGUUGAUGUCACAUUAUUCAAAAGUUGAAAAAAACUGAUUUUUUUUUGCUCGGUAAGCCAAAACGUAGUAUUGCUUCAGCAGACGAUAGCCUCAGUCCUAUUUGUGAAGCUACUGCUCGCGUUAACCCAACCCGAAUGCAGUUUAUGACCCGUUCGGUAAGGAUCAGCUUCCUGCUUUACUGUCUUCCCUGCCUCAGCCACGGUUCAAAAGGGAUCAAACGUAACGGAGUUUGCACUUUCCGCCAAAGAACAAGACUAACUAAACAUGAAGACCGUUUUGAAAGUUGUGCUCGGGGUCAUUGCAAUUGCUGUCGUCAUCAUCGUGAUAGCAGUUCCCAUUGCAGUUCUCGUCGGCAACAAACCUAAAUGGAUACACUUGGACAAAUACAUGGUUUUCCAAAACCAAGAAGAUCGCCAACAAACGUUUCAGCUAGAUGACUACUUAAGUGGAAAGUUUAGGUACAAGUCUUACAGCCUGAAGUGGAUAUCAGAGAAUGAAUAUUUACAUAAAAGCAAAGAAGGAAAUGUUAUCCGCAUUAAUAUUGAAACAGGGAAAACAAGUAACGUUAUAUCUAACACCACAUUUGAUGAGGUCCAAGCUGGUUAUUAUACUGUUUCAGCUAAUGGAAAUUAUGCUCUUCUGGAAAGCAAUUAUUCAAAGCUAUGGAGACAUUCUUUUACAGCCUCAUAUUCUAUUUAUGAUUUAAAAUCCAGACAGUUCGUGGCCAACACAAAUCUGCCCCAGCAAAUCCAGUACAUCGCAUGGGCCCCAGUGGGUCAUACCUUGGUCUACGUUUGGAAUUACAAUAUUUAUCUUAAGACUGAUCCCACAAGCUCUUCUAUAAAUAUAACAACCAAUGGAAAGAAAAAUGAAAUCUACAAUGGGAUACCUGAUUGGAUUUAUGAGGAGGAAAUGCUGUCCUCAAAUAAUGCCCUAUGGUGGUCACCAAACGGAAAAUUUUUUGCCUAUGGAGAAUUCAAUGAUAUACAUGUUCCACUUAUAGAGUAUUCAUUUUAUGGUGAUGGACAGUAUCCCGAAACCAUUCAGAUUCCAUACCCAAAGGCUGGUGCUAAUGCUUCUACUGUGAGGUUAUUUGUUGUAAAUGUUGAAAAUACAAGCCAUCAAGAACUUGCAGCUCCACAAGAAUUUCUUUCAAGUGAGUAUUAUCUAAGUGCAGUAAAGUGGGUAACAGAUCACCGAAUCUCUGUGCAAUGGAUUGAACGAAGACAAAAUCAUGCCAUUUUAACAAUAUGUGAUUUUGAGACAUCCAACAUUUGGAGUUGUAAAAAGGAUCUUCAGUUUGCUGAAAAGAGUACAACGGGAUGGAUUGGUGUUUUUCACACAUCAGACCCAUUCUUUGAAGCAAACAACAUUAGUUUCUACAAGGUAUUUAGUGACGCGAAAGGAUAUAAGCAUAUCCACAGAGUUGCUGGAAAUUCGCCUGAAGCAAAACAAAUUACAAGUGGAAACUGGGAAGUCAUAAACAUUGUAACUCUAACAGAGGAUACCCUUUACUAUAUUAGCAAUGAAUAUCAACAGUAUCCAGGGCGAAGAAACUUAUAUAAGAUUAAAAUUGGAACAAGUUCUCAGAAGCCUCAAUGCAUUACCUGUGAACUUAUGGCGGAACGCUGUCAGUAUUAUUCUGCAUACUUCAGCAGAAAUGGAAAAUAUUACAUGCUAUCCUGUUAUGGUCCUGGAUUACCUAUCUUUACACUUGUUAAUGCUACCAAUGAUGAAGUGAUAAAAACUCUUGAAGACAACAAAGAAUUGGAAAAGGAUCUUCAGAAUAUACAAAUGCCAAGAAAGAUUCUCGAAGUUUUAGAACUAGAUGGCACAAAUUAUUGGUAUCAGAUGAUACUCCCACCAAAUUUUGAUGAAUCAAAAAAGUAUCCUCUGCUUAUCGAUGUGUAUGGAGGACCAGGCAGUCAAAAAGUUGAUGACCGCUUCUCAAUUGACUGGGCGACUUAUCUUGCCAGUACAGAGAGAGUUAUUGUUGCCAGUUUUGAUGGAAGGGGAAGCGCUUAUCAAGGUGACAAAAUAAUGCAUGCAAUAUAUCGAAGGCUAGGAACUUAUGAAGUGGAUGAUCAAAUCAGUGCAACAAGAAAAUUCAUUGAAAUGGGAUUCAUUGAUGAGAAAAGAACAGCAAUCUGGGGCUGGUCUUAUGGAGGAUAUGUCACAUCAAUGGUACUUGGAACUGGCAGUGAGGUGUUCAGAUGUGGAAUUGCGGUUGCCCCCGUGUCUAACUGGACAUAUUAUGAUAGUAUGUAUACUGAACGUUACAUGGGCUAUCCAACAGAGAACGACAACCUUCAGUUCUACAAGAAUUCUACUGUGAUCGAAAGAGCUGACAAAUUCAAACUUGUUGAUUACCUCCUCAUCCACGGGACAGCAGAUGAUAAUGUCCAUUUCCAGCAAGCAGCACAGAUUUCAAAGGCUCUUGUUAAUAAAGAAGUAGAUUUCCACGCAAUGUGGUAUACAGACAAGGACCAUGGACUAAGCGGUCUUGCCUACUCUCAUCUGUACACCCAUAUGUCCCAUUUUCUAAAACAGUGUUUCUUUAACAAUGAAUAAAGCAGGGAAAUAUAUUUCAAUAAAUGGAAAAUAAAAAGCAAAUUCUAUCAAGAAAGUAUGUCAAACAUUUAUGUUGGGAAAAUAUUAUAAUCUAGGUCUUUAAAGUGUGUUUAUUUUGUUCUCACCAAAAUAAAGACUGAACCUCUAUA